AUGAGUAUGAUAAGCGACGAAAGUGAAAUGGAUUUAGAAAAGUGUGUACAGACGUAUGAAGAGGAGGAAAUAGAAUUACCAGAGGACAGUUCUGGCGGAAAGUUGACAUACUUCCUUGCCCCAUAUUUCUUCGAGAAAACAUGGAUAACGGACAUUACCUUACCUCUUAUCAUUGUACUAUUGCCAUCAUCCAUACGAUUGGCGUACUUUAGUAUACGUGACUAUUUUGAUACUCAACUUGAAAUGAAAUUUUUGGACGUAUUUUCUCCCUUAUGGAUGAUCAUUCAUUACUUCCUAUUCUUUACUGUGUUUUUUGUGAACUUCAUCUACGAUAAGAAAAAGGUUAAUAUUGAGACCAAAGUGCUCCAAAAGUUAUUGGAGGAAGUGGCUGAAAUGGACCUGACCGGGGAUCCAGUAGCUUGGCGGAGAAUUGCAUCUAGAGUUAAUCACUUUUCUGAAGAGAAAGGAUAUCAUUACUCCGUUUUUUACGGUGGGGGGCAUUGUAUGCGCUUUUUUGUGAGAGAAUUAGUAAAACCAAUAGAGCGUCAGACCUACGACAUCAGGUGUUAUUACGAAGGAGAAAGGUACAGGAAUUUUUGGAAAAAUCCAUCAAAUAAGGCACUAGUUGAAAGAGCAAUUGCGAAUUAUAACAAGAGCGUUGAGAAUUUUGGAGAGUUAUCACAUACGGCAGAAAAAGAUGAAUGUAGAGGUGGUAUUUUCGAGAAGUUUCGCAACACUUUCAACACCUCGAUGAUUUACUUGGUGGUAAUAGAAGUAGCGCUCUCUGUGGUUAUGACCUUGGCCUUCAUUAUCUCGAUGAUUUCUUGUGCCAUUUUUUAUUCAUUCGCUUCCCCUCAAUAG